AUGGAUAAUAAUACUGAUAAUGCGGAGUUAUCAUUAACCGAUUCGAAAAAGAAACAGUUAUUAAGAAGAAACUUAUCAGCAAAUUCACAAUCAUCUCCAACAUUGAGAAGAGCAAAUGAAAGAACAAAAUCAAUAUCGGAUUCGCCAAGAUCAGGCGUUAUUCGUGGUGGGGUCGAACACACUCGUGCUCGUGCUCGCCCAAGUGGUAGAUUAAAACAAUCACAUGUCAUUAAUCGAAGCCAAUCAACAGAAAUAAAAAAUACAAUGCUAAUUAGUCCUACUAUUACAGAUACAACAGAUGAUGAUGAUGUAGUAAUUGAAAAGAAACGUAAAGGAAGAGAAAUCAGAGAACGUGUGCUAAGUUAUUUUGAAGAAUUAGAAUGUGGUGGAUAUUUAUGCAAACUAUGUCCAGAACGAAAAGUAAGAAAGAUAAAAGAACAGUUAAACUGUGAAUUAUGUUAG